GGUGGUGGGUGUGGACGGGGACUCUUAUUUUGAAGUGUUUCUGUGGGCGCUAGUCUGAUAGCGGAAGUUCGUGCCUCUGGAAGCUGCAGUUCAGGCGGAUCCCGUCAGUGUCUAAGCACAAACUUUCUGUCAAACCCGAAAAACACAAGCAAUCCGGUGACAUGGGGGAUAAGGAGUUGAUGUGGGCCCUGAAAAACGGAGAUCUGGAUGAGGUUAAGACUCUCCUGGUUAAGGCGGAGGAUGUGAACCGGACUCUGGAGGGAGGCCGAAAGCCUCUUCAUUACGCUGCAGACUGUGGUCAGAACGAGAUGCUCGAGUUUCUGCUGUCGAAAGGAGCCGAUGUCAACGCUCCGGAUAAACACGGCAUCACCCCGCUGCUGUCCGCCACUUACGAGGGUCACAUGACCUGCGUCAAGAUUCUUCUAGAAAAGGGUGCUGAUAAGGAACGUAAAGGUCCGGAUGGUCUCAGCGCGUUCGAGGCGGCCGAAAGCGAGGCCAUUAAAGCUCUACUGAAGUGAGACGAACGCUACCGGCAGCGAGAGGUUCUGACCACAACCACUGGAUCCACACACACACACACACACACACACACACACACGCACCUCUCUGUCUCUGCCCGCUGGCUGCAUCAGCUCCUCUAGGUUUCCUUUUGUUUUGUUUUUCUUCAUGACCUAUAUUAUGUUAUUUUAGGGGAGGUGCUUAAUUGCCCCUUUAGUUUAUCGGCGUCAGCCAUUGGCUGAUGGACCUGUCACUCAAGCCUACGGACCAAUGGGAACGCCUGUCUAACACCACUAAACACGGACCUUAGAGUUCAGACUACAGCGCAGACUCUGCGAGUGUAUGAUGAUGAUGAUGAUGAUGAUGAUGUGUACAUUUAUUUUUCAGACUGUUGUGAUUGCAGUUAGAAGCGAGUGGGUUGUAUAGUUAACUCUGAAAAUGUUGGAAAAAUACUAGCUGAUGAAUUUCCCUGCACUCCAUUCCCACGUUUCCCUCCUUCAGCUUAACGACAUUCCCACGGCCGUCGCAUUAGCUGUUCAAAGAACAAAUAACACACCUCAGACGCUUGACUCGUUCUGCUGACCUGCACAUUUUUUGCUUUGUGCCCCUUUGAAUUUGUGUUGUUGUGGCAAAAAUAAAUGAAUUCUCAGCUUCUGUGUGCUUGUAGAGUUAAACAGGUUUGAUCAGAUGAGGGAUCAUCAUCUCUCUCUCUCUCUCUCUCUCUCUCUCUCUCUCUCUCUCUCUCUCUCUCUCUCUCUCUCUCUCUCUCUCUCUCUCUCUCUCUCUCUCUCUCUCUCUCUCUCUCUCUCUCUCUCUCUCUCUCUCUCUCACUCUCUCUCACUCUCUCUCUCUCUCUCUCUCUCUCUCUCUCUCUCUCUCUCUCUGCAUGAUGGUGUUUUUUAGCUUUUCAAGACAGUCUUAAACAAAAAUUUACAUCGAUUAGCGAAUGAACAUUUCGAAGAUCCAUAUCUGGCAUUGUUGUGAAAAAGUCCGUUUGAAAACAAAACAAAAAAAAAACAAAUAAAACUAUUUGAAAUGA